UGCAAAUUUUCUUAAGAUAUCAGCUGAUUAUGAAAACUAUUUAAAGCGAAAAGUGUUUAUACUACUGUUUUAAAUCGAUUUAAGAACAAUAAAACUGGGCUCUUACUCAUCGAUUUCAUUAAGUCAAAUCGCUUCACUAAACCGAUUGUAGCUGUCGCCUAAACGGGUUAUACAUCGAUUUGUAAAACCACUUGAAAGAAAUUCUGCAUGCAAACAAAGUUGCAAGUUGCAAAGUGAACAUGCAAAUAUAAUAGAGAAAUGGAUAAAUCAAUCAGAAAAAGAAGUUCUUGGAAAGAAAGAGAAGUUGUUGUGAUGCUGGAAAUUAUAAGAGAUUCCCGUGUCUUACAGCUACUACACAAAACCAAACGCAACAGAACAAUUUAUGAAGAUGUUGCAAAAGAAAUGGUAUCGAAGGGAUAUAAUAAAACCGCUAUUCAAAUAAGAGGAAAAUUCAAAUCAUUAAAAAUUGAGUACUACAAGGCAAAGCGAUCAAGUGAUUUUGAUCGAGAAUGCUGCCGUUUUUUUGAUAUUUUGGAUGAAAUUUUGGAUAAUCGUCCUGCGGGGAGCUCUGAAUUAUUGGAUAAGUCCCAAAUGUCUGCAGACGCUUGCUUAAAUGAAGAGAUUUUCGAGGACGGUUGUGAGGAGGAAUCGACAAAUGAAAUCAUUGAAAAUUCAUUUGCUGAAAUUUCAAAUAUUUCAAAUACAUCCAGCACAUCGCCACCUUUCAAAACUUUAAAGGCGUCAAAAAAACCAACUUACCAAAAGAUUAUGGAAAAUUUCACUGAAGAGUGGAAGCAAACACAAAAUAAUUUGAUUAAGUUUUUAAAGGAACAGGACGAAAAACACAUUGCCAACAUCGAACGAAUUAUGGAUACAAAUCGUAAUGAAAUGAGGAAGAUAAUGGAGGAGGAUAGACGGGAAUCUGCAAAAAUGUUCUCAAGUCUAUUGAAUUCAUUCCAUAAUACAAAUCAGGAUCCUAUAGCUUCUUGGCACUAUGAAUCUUCUCCCCAUUAUGACGAUAAUGAGAUGGUUGAAGAUGAAAGUGCACUUGUUUCAACACCACAAUUAUCUCCAAUGGUGAAACCAGAACCAAAUGAAUAGUAUAUAUAGUACACUCAAAUAAUUUGAUAUAAAUAUUUCAUUUAUAUUUA